AUGAGGAAGAAAACCAUUCCUGAAAGGCCUCCUCGUGAGAAGAUUUUCAAGCUACCCACAAAGCCUUCCACUCGCUCUCAAGACCGCACCUUUACCCCUUCUCCUUCUCCUCCUACCUCUCCUCAUCGCUGUGACCCCAUGGCUCGGACCAAAAAUACCCCAAGAUUUCCUGCCUCUGUCAAGCCGACGCCACCACCAAAGGCCACACCUUCCAAGCCUGGCUCCUCAAAACCAGGUUCAGCAAAGCCUGGCUCCUCCAAAGGCAAACGUCAGGCGACUGAGGAACCCAUACCCGAACCAACACAACCAAAAUCCAGGCAGUCGAAUCACUUAAUUGAAUUGAGCAAAGAGAAAAGGAAGCUGGCUAGCAAGCAUGAGAACUUCCUGAAGAAAUCAAGGGAUAGGGUGGCUGUGCUCAUGACCUUCAUCGAUAACCUUCAAAAUGAUGAAGACGUUGCCACUGAUGUUGAAGAGGAAGCUGCUUCGGAGGGGAAUGGCUCUGAUGCCUAG